AUGAUGGACUGGCAGUUGCUCGCCAUUAUUGGCCUUAGCGUGGCAGCAGGGCUGCUACUCGUCCUGAUUAUUGUGGUCGUGUUUGUCCACAGCCGGCGUCGAUGCGCGCACAUGCAUUACCACGCUGAGGUUGUCGAACUCAAGGAAAACCUGAAAGCAGCGCAAGUGGAGAAGGAAGAGAGAGAAGCGGAGUUCUCAAACCUUCGACGAUCGGUUGCUGACUUCGACGCAGAGAAGUCAUUGCUCCUGAAGCGGCUGGAAUCCUGUGAUCGGAACUCAACGCCAGAGGAAAUCCGAAGAUGCCUCCGCGAACUUCAGCUCCACUUGGCCAUCCAGUCGGCAAAUUCAAGCUGCGUUCGUAGAGCUGUGAACACUGACUACAAGGAAGGCCCUCCAGCACUGCUCGCUGAGAUAUGGCUAGUUCACGGGGAACCAUGUAGCGUAAGGGACGACGAAAACUACCCCACCCUAGACGACUUUCCCCCUCCGUUUUCGCGGGUGAAGCGUGCACCUUAUCGAUAUGGACGAUGCAACAGCAACGCCCAAUUGAAUCCUCUCUGCGCAGAACCGAAACUAUGCGAUGAGGCCUUUGGACAGGGUACGGCCCGCCGAUUCAACACCUGUGCGGCCCACGGCGCGCCUCCCCCAUCAAAGUGGCACCGUCGGAGGCACAGUCAGUGUUGCCAGCAAACAACACAGUCGGCCGGUGAUGAUGAGAGAGCUACAUGCCAUCAAACACAAACCUUCGCCCUGGAAUCUAAUCGUGUCUGCGGUGCGGGAGAUUCCAUGCCGUGUACCCAAGGCUGUCCCACAACAGUAGAGGCGGGACCCUGCCGCUCAACUACGUUGCAUUCUGCCACCGAAGACAAUACAACUGGGGAGUUCUACGGAGAGGAAAAAACGGUGCGAAUAUCUAGCCCCGUGGUAGCAUGCACCACGGCGGGUUCUCAUCCGGGGGAAAUGACAACUCUUGUGGACGAGGAGUCUUGUCAGACCGACUGGGGUACUGAGCGCAAAACGUGCAACACCGCGGUGAUCCCGGCGCACACGUUCGCUCCAGAGUAUAUCUUCGUCGGGGAGCAAUGGCUACCUGGCGCGCACGUCACAGCAACCACCUGCUUCCACGCGGUCCCGCUCGUUCGUCUGGCGAAGUACAGCAGGCGAGACCAUUCAAAAACAGAAAGCAUAAAGACUGAUUUAUACCAGCAGACCCUGCCUGACGCGUACAAGCUGGAGAAGGUGCUUCUUUCAUCUCAAAGUACUAGUCAACUGGAUCUGGUCUCUUCUAGCCGGGACCACAUCAAACUUCAGUCCCGGGCAUUGGUCAGCAUCUUGCCGUCCCUUGAAGUGUCAACAAAAGCGGUAGCUUUCCCACACCUUUCCUACUGUCUGAUCGAAUACAGCGUAGACCGUCUAACAGGCAUACGCAAAACGGCGCUAAGAGAUUACGUCGGAGAAACUCUCAACCAACCGUUAUACAUCUUGCUGCGUGUCUUCGAGCGCUCCAGCAUGCCGGGAGCAACUCCGCCCGCGUCACCGGGGAGUGGCAGAGAGGAGAAUACCGUGUCGGAGCAUGAGGAAGAAAGUUGGAAAUUAAUCUAUGAGGCACCGCCAGUGCGUCUGACAGAGCCAGAUGGAUGCAUAGUGGACGACGAUGUCAUUUCCUUUCGCGAAGACUGUAGUUUCCAUUACAAGCACACCUACAGUCCCGCUCCCCCCACGUUGUUCGAAGCCAAGGAAACUGAAGAAUGCGUGGCCAAAGACAAGCAGCCCAUCGUGGCACGUCACACCAUUCCGUGCCAAACGGAAACCCCCUUUUAUACUCGUCCACAGCUCGCGGUAACAGACGUGGCCAGCCCCCGGGUGAAAGCAAUGAACGCCAAGAUUCUAGGAGACACCCGGCCGUGUUCUCCGAGAGCCAUCGCUGGCCGCGCUACUGCAGAAGCAUGCUAUGGAGACUCCACGGACUCCUGCAGGGCGCCCGAGUCGCCGCAUUGCAGCGGCGUGGCUGCACCGGCGCUCACAAUGCGCAAGAGCAGUACUUCAGAUUCCACUCUCUUGCGAGGCUGGGGAGACAGAAGUAGGGGUUACGAGGACUGCUGGAAUACAGGAGCGCCCCUUUACAAAUCUGAGAGAUGGAUCCGGACGACCUUUCUCCCCACUUCGGCUGCAGCGUCAGCGCGUGUGGAGGCUGCGAAUCGGUUCAAAGAUGUAUGCCUGCUGCAGCAGGGCCUCCUUUAUGAAGACGAUGUACUCUCAGUAACGUGCGUCGUUGGUACUACGGUUUUUCCAAGCGACAACGUGCUGCAUGCCUCCGUGGAGCUGAGUAUAGUCAAUAACGCACUCGGGGGAGGAGCCGCGACUCUCAGCGAGAGUCUCUGUGAUGAUAGAGGCCUUCCGACAGGAUUCCACUCAGUACGCACCGUAAUUGAGAAUGUGGAGCAGGGGGCCCUCUCAUGCUUUGUCUCUCCAAUAGUCCGUGCUCCGCCCGCGGGUCCCAGGUCGCCAGCACGGGCCGUGCAAACAAUUUCCGCCACAAUCAUGCAGCCUUUCCAGAUCGUCCCCGAGGUGACUUUAGAGGCUGUCCUUCCUGACGGCACCGAAAACAGGUGCACCUUCCCUCUUCCGCUGGUAAUCACGCAGUUUAUGAGGCCAGUGACUUUGUCACCGGCUGCGUUCAUGCAACUCUGGUUUGACGGGACCCUUCACUCCAGGUUAAUGAGCCUUCGUCUCUCCAGGCGGCUGACAUCUGGCGGGUUUUCUGAGCUGACAAAGGUAGCCACGCUUAAUGGCAAGUUCAAAGCGACAGAUGGCAUUAAACAUCGUCUGGCGGAGAAUUCCAUUUUUGCCGUCGGAGAACUAGCGGCCGUUGGCGACAUGCCGACAGACAGUCGAUGCCUGGUCAGAGUCUGGCAGGGGGAAUUCGGCGCGGCUUCUGCAGCCAAGCUGGAGGUGAAAGCUGACGAUCGGCGGAUUGCAGCUGCAGUUUUCGAACUUUUGGCUUACGUUCUCGAAGACGGAGAGUAG